AUGGAGGAUCCUCCGCUUGCAUCACUGUCUUUGACGCAUGUCCAUUAUAAUCCCGCCGACCGCAUCUCGUACCUAUGCGCGUGGCUGGCUCUCGUCCCGCAAGGACUAUGCGUCGUCUACGCAACCCUCAUAUGGUCGAACCGCGAGAUUGAGAUUUUCUUGAUGUUUGCCGGUCAGAUGGCAUGUGAGGCGCUCAAUUGGGUGCUGAAGCGCUACAUCAAGGAAGACCGACCGCGGGAAAUGCACGGCAAGGGCUACGGGAUGCCAUCCUCGCAUGCUCAAUUUGUCUCCUUCUUCUCGGUAACUUUGACGCUGUUCCUCCUCUUUCGACACGUCCCGCACCCGACUGAGACCCACACGCCCUUCACAUUUGGCGGACGUUUCCUCCUCUCGCUCAUCGCAAUAGCUUGUGCCGGAGCUGUAGCCUCAAGUCGCAUAUAUUUGAGUUACCAUACGAAUAAACAAGUCCUCGUUGGAUGUGCAGCUGGUGCCAUCUUCGCCUUUGUGUGGUUUGGUUUCACGACAUAUCUGAGAAGAGCUGGAUGGAUUGAAUGGGCGCUUGAGACUUGGAUACUUCGCAUACUCCGUGUGAGAGAUUUAGUCGUACAGGAGGACCUGGUCGAUUCGGGCUGGGCACGGUGGGAAGACAGAAGGAAGCGCCAGGCUUCGUUCCGAGUCCAGGGCAAGAAGAGCAAGUGA